AUGUCUGAGCCUGAACAGUGCAUCAUAUGUUUAGAUCCCUUACCUACUCCUUCGACCGCUGACGACGGUCAAUCACAACAACCCGCAUCGACUUCAUCAGCUGCUGCCGAUAUCGUCGACCCUAUUGCUGAGAAUCCGGCCCAUCUCAACAUAAUCGCCUCUCUAGACGGCUGCGAACACGUUAUUCACGAUGCAUGUAUCCGAUCUUGGGCCCAAAAGACCAAUACAUGCCCCAUCUGCCGCACCCCGUUCCAUUCAGUUCGCGUCUACAAUGGCCUCGACGGGACUGCGAUCGAAACCUACACGGUUCAGGAUAAGAAACAGGUAGCCGAGUUCGAUGUGCAGCAGUGGCUAGGUGAAAAUCCGGACGAGGUCGAAGAAGAAACCGUCCCUUGUCCUGUUUGUAACUCUGCUGAACACGAAGAUGUCCUGCUACUCUGUGAUAGCUGCGAUGCGGCAUACCAUACGCACUGUAUCGGACUCGAAAAUAUUCCCGACGGCGACUGGUACUGCAUGGAAUGUGCCCAUCUUUUUCAGUUGCCCGAAGAACCAGAAUCUCCAGAAGUUGGUCAAACAUACUCUCGCCCUCAGGCCGUCCGGCGUCCAGUUCCCCGCCAGCAACGUGGUUUACGCGCUCGAACCCGUGCUCGCCUCCGUACUGCCCGCCGUCAAGCAAGAUGGCAGGGCCCAUGGGAUCAGUUUACCGGUCGUUUCUAUGAAAUGACAGAAGUCGACCUCGAUAAUUAUGAUGACGAGGACGAGGAUCUCGAAAGUUUCAGACGGCUUGUACAACUCGAUCGUCGCGAACUUCAAAGAUGGCAACAACGAAUGAACAUUGCACAACGGCUGGGUGCCAGAGAUACCUUCGCCAAUACUCUCCCUCCUCAAAUUAGCCAAAGAUUACAGGCAGUACCAACUUUGACGCCGCCACCUAUCCAAGAAACCCGGGAUGAAAGAAGAGCAUGGGGUGCAUUCGAGUCUGUUCGGGAUACGGAUGCUCCCGCUGGCCCUCAGGUCCGCAAACGAAAAGCUCGGUCUGUAACCGCAUCCCCAAUUGAGCCUGUUCAAGAACCAGAAAGGAAAUUGAAGCGUCCUCGCACACGGCGAUUGCCCAUAGUGAAUGGCGAGGCAUCUACGUCGGCAUCCUCCCCAGCGCCAGUUAUGCCUGCUUUAGGAGGACCGUCCACCGUCCGGGCCGCCACUGCUACACCUCGCGUCGAGAGAGAGACCACUGGUCCAGCUUUGGUUUCUGCUCUAUUGAAAGAGCUGGAACCAAAUGCACAGUCUGAAGCAGAGGAUGAACCAUCUGCCAUCCAGUUACCAUGGCGAGGUGUUCCUGACGGCUCAUCACCCGCUAUAUCUCCUUCACCUUCCAAUCACAGCAGCCCUAGGGCACUAUCACUGACACCGCCACCCCUUCCUAGAGGCCGGCCAACAUCACCCACUCUCUCACUUAGCACACAUAUUGAGCCCAUGUAUCCACCUGCAAACUAUUCGCCCAACAGAUAUAGUAGCGAUCAUAGUGAUUCCGAAUCACGACUUCCAAUUCACGAUGGCCCUCCAUUGGAGCUACGCCAACCUCGUCCACGACGUCCACAUCAAAUACCAUCACGCACUGCAGAUAGCUCACCUACCCGAAUGACAAUGACACAAGAGGAGAAGAGAAACAUCAACGAUAUUGUCAAGACUGCCUUACGCCCACAUUGGCAUGCUCAAAAGCUCACCACAGAACAAUAUGCUGCCAUCAACCGAGAUAUCUCGCGAAAACUUUACGAGGAGAUAAAGGGGGCAUUUAAUGAAAAUUCCAAACGGCAAUACGAAAAACGAGCCACUCAGGCUGUUGCUCAAGCUGUGGCUGAGCUGUCAGCUUGA